GUCAAGGCUGGUGGUGCAGGCUACGGUUCUGGAGCUCCUGGAGCCCCGGCGGCUCCAAGUACCUUGCCCAGUCGACCAGCACCUGCAGCACCAAAAAAGGUGCCGGGUGCUCCUUCUGCCUUGCCCAAAGCGGAGGCAAAAGGCCGAGCAGCGCCACCCCCGCCCCGAGCCUUACCGGGGGUGGGAGCCCGUGCUGGGCCGUCUGACUCGGGUUUUUCCGCGCCUCCCCCGCCGGUGGGCCUUCCGACUGCACCUGGCGCUGUGCCAAGUCGUCCUGCUCCAGCUGCGCCAAGCACUGUGCCUAAGGCACCUGUGCGCCCAGCACCACCAGCAGCUCUCCCCAGCGCCAGCGCUUCGCCAGCAGGUUUGAAAGGACCCGAGGCAUCCGAGCCUCCUACGGAGGUGCCAGAAGAGGAGCACCAUGACGAGUCCUGGAGAGAAUUCUUGGAGGAUGAGACUGAUGAAAGUGCUCCUGCCGAUUCUGGUGACGACUCUGAUGAAGGCAGCGCGGCAGUCCAUGGAGAUAGACAUAAGAACGACAUGGAGCUGCUGAUGAAGAUGCAGGCCAAAUCCACACCGAAAGAACGAAAGACAAGUCCAACAUCACCAACAAAGGGUGAAGAUGCCGAUGCCGAGCCUCAGGAGAGGCCCGAGGCCAUUGAAGGAAACACCCAGGAAGCCGAAGAAGCCCACGGGACCACAGGAGGCUACCAGAUGCAACAGAAGAAGGGCUUGAUGUCGCGUCUCUUUGGGUCAAAGCAGAAGUCCGUUGUGGAGAUCCCUCCGGGCACCAGCAUGCUUGGCCAGGACCUCUCAAAGCGAGAAGACAAAUGGUACGAAGAACACCUUGCAAGACUGGGGAAGGAUGGGAUCCGUUGCACCAAAGUUGGUACCAACGGAAAGCCUUAUGAGCGAUUUGUCUACCUGGAUUCCAGAAAUCUCACCCUGGAGAUCCGUGGUGGCCGCAGUGGCACGUCAGGUGUCAUGAUGGACGAUUUGGUGGACAUUCGGCAAGGUCUUAGCAGCCCUGACUUUCAACAGUUUGUUGCGAGAUUGAACAUGGAUCCGCAAGGUGGUCUGGAAAACAAGUCCCUGGUGCUUCAAACGCCGCAUCGAACCUUUUCUUUCAUCAUGUCUGAUAAGGUGCAGCGUGACACCUUUGGAUUUUGUAUCCUUUACCUCCUGAAGAUCAAAAACAGAGGGGUCAUGGCCGCUAGCAGCUCCCCAGCCGUGAAGGCGAGUCAAGGUCCGAAGAGUGGCGUUGGGAAAGUUGCAUAUCCCAACCGAUCUUGUUACGAGGGCCAGUUUAGCAACUACAUGCGACAUGGGCAAGGAGUGUUGACCCUGUCGGACGGAACCAGAUACGUCGCUCAGUGGAAGAACGACGAGCGUCACGGCGAGGGCAAAGAGUUUUGCCCAGAUGGAACCACAUUUGAAGGUCACUACGUGGCUGGCAUGCGUCACGGCUAUGGCGUCAUGAAGUGGCCCGAAGGGUCCAAGUACUCUGGGAUGUUUGAACGUGGACGAGCCAACGGGCAAGGGGAACUCUUGCGAACCGAUGGCUCAGUCUACCGCGGACAGUUCUGUGAGGAUUGCAUGUCGGGCGAAGGGCGAAUGCAGUGGCGCGAUGGUGUCGAAUACAUUGGCCAGUUCGUUGCCAACAAGCGAGAAGGCUAUGGCACCAUGACAUGGAUGAGCGGCAGGUGGAAGAAGUAUGCUGGACAGUGGAAAGACGGCAUGCAGAACGAAGUAGGUGUCUUGGUCGACCACAACGACCAGGAGUUCAAGGGUUUCUUCAAGAUGGGCAAGUUGGACUACUGGAUUGAUGAGCGAUGA